AUGUCAAAAACAACCCUAGAACCCCUCACAACCCCCCAGCUCGAAAAAGCCGCCACAAAAGCCUUGAGCCUGCAGACAACUGCCCAAAAAACCCACCAAAAACGCCCCUUCACAGCCCUCCUCCUAGCCCCAGACAACGAAACAGUCCUCCUAUCCUCAAACUCACUCUCGCACGUUCGCCACGCAGAAUGCGAACUUGCGCGCAACGCAGCAGAUAACUACGACUGGACCUAUCUGGCGCGGUGCACGCUCGUCUCGACGUGGGAGCCGUGCGCGAUGUGCGCGGGCGCGAUCUACUGGGCGCAUAUUGGGCGGGUUGUCUAUCUUGCUUCUGAGGAUGCGUUGAGGGGGGUUGUUGGUGUGGGCAAUGAGGAGAAUCUUACGCUUGAUUUGCCUUGUCGGGAGGUUUUUGGGAGGGGCCAGUUCGGCGUGGAGGUUUGGGGGCCGUAUACUGAGGGGGUGGAUGGGGGCUGGGAGGGGAGGGUUGUCAGGGAUAGUUUGUUGUAUUGGGGGAAACAGGGGGGUGGCGAGGGAGAAAAAGAGGGAGGGGAUGAGUGUUGA